CGGAAGCUAAGUUGGGUUGGUGACGAACGGGACUGCAGAGCGCCCGGGCACCUGUGCUGCCGUCGGGACUUGAAGCAAAUCAGGCUUGCAAAGAUUUCGACGGUGCAACACCAUGUGAAGAAGGGUGCACAGCAUUCAGCGUAUGGAAGGACGACUUACUUGAUAGCAAAUCAAUUGAUUGCCUUGGUUCCCAAUGGCGUUAAGCCACCAGCUGCUGCGGCGGCUCCCCUUCUCGGAGUCGACAACACCGCUCCAGGCUCUGACGUACCUGCUCGGCAUCUCCCUCUUCAGCAUCUCGUUCCUCGUCUUCCUCAACAGCAGCGUCUCGUUCGUCAUUACAGACCUGAUUGGCGUCAAAGAGGGCGUGGGCGACGUUGUUGGAACACUGGGCUUCGUUGACGAGGUAGUGGCUCUGAUCGCCUGCCCUGUCUGGGGCCUCGUCUCGGAUCGAGCCGGCGUGCGGAAUGUCGCGGUGACGGGAUACGCGAUAAUCGGCCUGGCGCUGUUCGUCUUUGUACAGGCGCGCAAUGUCUACCCGCAGCUACUCCUUGCAAGGAUAUUCUUUGCCAUUGGUGCGACGGCUGCGGCAACCAUGGUAACUGCUAUCCUCCCAUCGCUAACCGAUGAAACUGGCCCGGCAGCAGAGCACGUCCGCAAGCCAUCGCAACUUGGGAGGCCGAGCGUCGCGCUGUCCGUGGAUUCCGAGGUGACCAUUACCCCUGAACGUUUUCGAACCAGCGCCGGGUAUACACCUUCGGGCGAAGCUACGCCAAUCAGCGGCCCGCAGAGAAAAGGGAAGCCGUCGGUUCUGGCUGGCUAUGUAGGCCUGUUCACCGGCUGUGGCGCCCUCGUUGCCCUCUCGUUGUUCCUUCCGCUGCCGGCCCGCUUUGGACGCAUUGAGGGCGUCACCAUGGCUGACGCCGUGAGGUAUAGCUUCUAUGUCGUCGGCGCCGUUUCCUUCUUGGUAGCUAUCUUCGUCUUCAUCGGGCUGCGCGGUAUCAGGGGUGAGGAAGGGAAAGGAUGGAGGAUGCUGCUCGGCCUGCGCGGAUCGACGCCGCAAGGUGUUGGCUCAGAAUCUUCACCUGCGCCGAAGAACAAAAUCCUUCCCUACUGGCACCUCCUCAAAGACUCGGUACGACUUGGCUUUACCGACUCGGAAAUCGCCCUUGGCUAUCUCGGCGGCUUCGUCGCGCGAGCCUCUACGGUCGCCAUCUCGCUCUUCAUCCCACUGUUUGUGAACGCCUUCUUCAUCGGCAAUGGUUUCUGCCAAGGCUCGCCCAAUGACCCUUCGCCUGAGCUCAAGAAGGAAUGUCGACAGGCUUACGUCCUAGCCUCUAUCCUCACGGGCGUCGCUCAACUACUCGGCCUUAUCUGUGCCCCCGUCUUCGGCUACCUAUCCAGCAGGAGCGGCCGAGUCAAUUGGCCAAUCAUAUUGGCUACUACCUUCGGGAUGGUAGGCUACAUCGCCUUCCCUCAGCUUUCCAGUCCCGAGUACAAAGACGUCAAUGGGCGUGGCGGUAGCCCAGUCGUCUUCCUGCUUGCUGCUCUGAUAGGAAUCAGCCAGAUCGGCGCUAUUGUCUGCAGUCUGGGCUCGCUGGGCCGAGGCGUUGUCAAGGUUGAAAUAGUCAACGUGCUCUCUACACCAGAUGCAGACCAAGAAACGCUGAUUGAAACUGGCGAUGGCCAGAAUGAGACGGCGCCGCUGCUAGAGAACUCGGCCGAAUUGGCUGAGGACACUGUGUCAAGAGUCCGCCUCAAAGGGUCCGUCGCGGGCGUAUAUUCGUGGUGUGGCGGCGCUGCGAUUCUGCUUUUGACCAAGAUGGGGGGUUACCUGUUCGAUGUGUGGUCUACAGGGGCUCCUUUUUAUCUGAUGGCUAUCUUCAAUGGUGUAUUAUUGCUUGCAAGCAUUGCUAUUGAUGUCGGCCGGGCUGCAAGGAGGAAACGAGCUGUGCUUUCGGAGGGCCACCUGAAUCUAAGUGGAUAG